UCUUGGAAUGGAGCUUUAGCACAGCCGCAAAUUACGCUACUGUAGCACGUUAAAAUCGACCAAGCAAGGGACUGUUUAGUAGGCAGUAGUUGACCUCGUAUGGGACCUCCGACCAGCCAAACGCGUUUUUGCGUGCAAGAUUGAGUUCCUCUAGCAGCAUCCGUAGCAGCAUGCUUUCCUCGGUGUACUGGUUAUUUUAGGAGGAGAGACAGCUACUACACCUUGAUGGCACCAUGGCUGCUGCAGACCCACUGGCACCAUCAGAAGCAUCAUCAUUCCCCGGAAAAAUAUUAUGACAGAAGAACUGACAUGAUUCCUGGAUGGCUUCAAUUCCUGGGUUUUCAUCGUCCUCAUCAACCAGCACUCUCUUCUGGCAAGCCUGACACAAGGCCUGACACAAGGCUUGACACGUGCCUUGAAAGGCCUGACAGGGACCUCGGACCGCUUCAAUGUCCGGAUUUUCUGGAUUCUCAUAAAGUAGCACUUUCGCCUGACAGGGUUCAUUUACACUCUCCUGACAGGAUUCAAGUAGCGCUCUCUCCUGACAGGAUUGUACACUCUCCCACCAACUCACCCACUCAGGCAUCCGGAAGCCUCCACUUCAGAAGCCAUGGCGUCAGCAGCAGCAGCAACAGCAGCACUGAUGGUGCUGAGGAUCCCCUGGCAUCGUUAGAAGCACACUCUACUAGCAGCUCACCCACUCCGGCUUCUGGACGGCUCUUCUCGCAGCCAUCCUUGUCUCAUACGAGAAGGGGUACUUUCCGGGUUGCCCUCGCUGUCUUCUCCUUCCUGUCAUUCUGCAUAGCCGUGAUUGGGUUCGUUUGUGCCUUUAACGCGUACUUCGGUCCGUAUGUCUUCCUUGAUGACGUGGACAGCCUCCUUAUCCGGAAAGCAGCGGAAGCCAAUUUUCAGAUCUCAGCUCCAGUCAACCAGCUCGUCCCUGCCACGGAUUUGCCAGAAUCCGUCCGAAGAUUCAAUCACCCUCAAACGAGCCAGCCAGGAGAGGAUAGGGAAGAUGUGGUUUUGGAGAAAUUGUCACUGCUCAGCCAGCUCUCGAUACAAGCACUUGAGGGCGAAGGCAGCAGCAGCAGCAGCAGCAGCGGCACGAGCAGCCAGAACGCGAGCAUGGUGACUGAUCCCGGAAAACCGAAUAAUCGACAUCAUCACCACCACCGCCAAGAGCAGAAGCCAUUGCCAUUCAAGGCCCCUGAUUUUGAUCUCACUGCCGGCAAACCUCCCAAGAUCGCCUUCUUAUUUCUCACGAGAGGGCCUCUUCCCCUCAGACGAUUGUGGGAGGAGUUUUUCCGUGGGAACAUGGAACGAGCAACAAUCUACGUGCAUGCAUCCACCAAGGGCUUCAGUGUGGAUGCUCACGUUGGCAAUGACAGCGCGUUCCAUGGAACACAAAUUCCAGGGAUAAGGAUCGUACGGGGAACGCCUUCCAUGAUUCAAGCCACCAGAAGACUCCUGGCAUCGGCCUUGCAAGACCCAGCCAAUCAGAGAUUUGUGUUUUUAUCCGAAGCCUGCAUACCCAUCCGCCAUUUCAACUUCAUCUACACCUACCUCUUUACAGGAGACAGGAGCUUCCUCGCACUGCUCCCUACUCUCCGCUGGUGGCGGUUCCCCCGAUAUUUCUGGAUAUUUGUGCCACGUCAGGUGCUGCAUCCGUGGCAGUUAAAGAAAGGGUCGCAGUGGUUUGUGCUGACCCGCCCGCAUGCAGCCUUAGUGGUGGAAAAUCUGAAAUGGUAUCUGAUCUUUGGCAGGGGAAGAGGAGAGUAUCCAGAUGAGAGCUACAUUCAGACGGUGGUUUGGGGAUAUGACCGCCGAGGCAUAGAGCCACACUCAGUCACGCAUGUGGACUGGCCAUAUUACAAGUCGGAGCAUCCGGCCAUGUAUUCAGGGAGCCGUAUAACGAGGGAGAUUAUCGAGAGGAUGCAGAGGAGGCAUUUCCCGGUUUCGGAGGCGGUCAGUCUGCGGGAGGUUUCGUUUCCUGGUCCGUGCAGAGUGGCUGGGGAGCUUGCCCCUUGUUUCCUGUUUGCUCGCAAGUUUGCUGCUGAUGCUGUGGAUGGCCUUAUGGCCGUAAGGGACACUCUGGGUUACUGAUAUUUG